AUGACACGUAUCAGUGAAGGUGAGUAUGGUGAGUAUUUUUCCCCUCUCUCACCCUCCCCCUCUUCUGGUGAAGCACAGGACACUGAUACCCAGCGUAUCAGUGAAGGUGAGUAUGGUGAGUAUUUUUCCCCUCUCUCACCCUCCCCCUCUUCUGGUGAAGCACAGGACACUGAUACCCAGCGUAUCAGUGAAGGUGAGUAUGGUGAGUAUUUUUGCCCUCUCUCACGCUCCCCCUCUUUUCAUGAAGCACCAUAUGCUGAUGACGGUGAACAGGAAGGUGAGUACCCCCCCUAUCUACCUGUAGAUGAUGAAGAGGUGAGUGAAGACACUGACAAUUCAUCUGACUGGAACGACUCAGAAGAGUGGGGGGAUUGGUCUAGCGGUGACUCGGGGUACGACACCAUGGAUGAGAGAGAUGAUUCCCCUCUCAUCCGGGAGCACCCUCCAGAGCCGUUUUGGCACAAUUGGCAACCUAUUGCUCCAGGUGCUGCCCCCAUCGCCAUGCCGCCUUUUGGCCAGGCCAACGCCCCACUCUUCCCUCGAAUUGUUGCCCCAGUUGGUGAUCCGCCAGCUGCUCCUCCCUCAGCUGUUCCCUCUGCUGCUCCUUCCCUCUCAAUCUGUUGCCCUGCUAAAAGAGAAGCAGAGAAGACAUCUGCACCGAAGAGGUAA